CAGGGUGUUCCAGAGCAGAGGCUCUGAAUCACGCCUGAGUAAACCUCGUGCUAGCAGACAGACAAGACUGCAUGUCCUGUCAUGCCACAUCGAAGGUGUUAAAAAGAGCCCACUUGGGGAUGUUGGACAGAAGAAGGUGUAGCCAGGUUGAUACGCACCUCAUUGUUUGCUGCAUCCCACAUAUACUUCUGAGUGCAUUUUUGGGGUUGAAAACUGACCUACUCACUUAGUGAGACUAUCUGUGACCAUGAAGAACAUAAGUUGGAUAUCCAUAUGUGGAAUGAUUCUUUUGACCAGGUCGGUUCAAGGAACCUUCAGAUAUCAAGCAUCAGUUCAUUGUGAAUGCAACGGCAAAUCGACCUAUUGCUUCAUUGACCCCUUGGGUCUCCAUUGUGUGGACUGCCAGGAGAACACAGAAGGGAGGCAUUGUGAGAAGUGCAAAACUGGGUUCUACCACCAGAGGGCAGGAGAGAGUUGUGUGCCCUGUGCUUGUAGUACAACAGGUUCUGCUGGUCCAAACUGUGACAGCAGAGGGCAAUGCAGCUGUAAGACAGGGGUCAUGGGGGACAAGUGUGAUCAGUGCCCCAACGGAAAACCUCUGACGCCUGCAGGCUGCGCACAGAGCAGUAGCCAGCUCAUAGACGACAUGGUGACGCCCUUUCCGUGCUUUUGCUACGGACACUCAUCUCAGUGUUCAGUGGCACAAGGCUACUCUGUGUCUACAGUCUCUUCAACUUUUGACAAUGGGCCAGAGGGAUGGCGUGCUGCCACAGCCCAGGGAGUAACCCAGUCUCAGGUCCAGUUCCGUUGGUCCCCCAAACAUCAAGACAUUGAGGUCAUCUCUGAAGACAUCAUGCCUGUCUACCUCUAUGCCCCUGACACCUACCUGGGCAACCAGUUACUGAGCUAUGGUCAGAACCUGUCUUUCUCUCUGCGGUUGGACCGAGGGGUCCGAUACCCAUCCACCAAUGAUGUGGUUAUGGAAGGCUCAGGCCUGAGGGUAGCUUCCUCCCUGGGGAACCUACGCACCGUUGUAGCCUGUGGUAAAAAGAUCACCUACACAUUCAGAUUGGAUGAGCAAGCAAGCAGCAAAUGGAAACCUCACCUGUCACCUUUCCAGUUCCAAACACUGCUACAGAACCUGACAGCCAUUAAAAUCCGAGGGACAUUUGGUGAAAAUGGGCGUGGCUACCUAGACAAUGUGCGCCUGGUGACUGCACGUCAGGCCCCUGGAGCUGACCGGGCCACAUGGGUGCAGAGCUGCAGCUGUCCCAGUGGAUACGAGGGCCAGUUCUGCGAAAAGUGCACAGCAGGGUACAAGAGACGCUCUUUGAGCGAAGGUCUCUUCAGCUCAUGUUUGCCCUGCAGCUGCAGAGGAGGAAGCUGUGAUCCUGAAACUGGUGACUGUUACUCUGCGGACGAGACCCCUAAUGGUCGAUCAUGCCAGUCUGGCUACUACAGUGACCCUGCGCAGCCCCAGUCCUGCCAGAAGUGUCCCUGUCCCACUGGAGUUACCUGUUCCAUUAGGCCUGGGACUGUGGAGGUCCAGUGUAACCGAUGCCCCCUUGGCACCACUGGUUCUGGUUGCCACACCUGCGAGGAUGGUUUCUAUGGGGAUCCUCUGGGACAGCGUGGUCCUCAGCAGCCCUGCCAGCGAUGCCAGUGCAACGGGCACAUAGACCCCAACGCGGUGGGUAACUGUGACGCCCAGACUGGGGAGUGCCUGAGGUGCUUGAAUCAAACCAGGGGAUUCAACUGUGAGAGCUGCCUGGAAGGCCACCAUCACAGCCAGCCCACAGAGGCGUGCAAACCUUGUGCCUGCAAGUCCCAGCGGUCCUUGUCAAACCAAUGCAGUGACAUGGGUCAGUGCUCAUGCAGAGAGGGCUUUGAGGGGUUAAAGUGCCAGCGCUCUGCUUGCCCCUCUUGCUUUAAUCCUGUCAAAACUAAGAUGGAGCGAUACACUCGUAAACUGCAAGAGCUCGAGACUCUGUUUACAGGCAUGGAGACUGGAACGUUGCCAGUCAAUGACGCCCAGAUGGAGAGGACAAUAAGAGCUGCCGAACAGCUGGUAUUAGACCUGCAGAGCAAAGCUGCAAACCUCACAGGAACAGAAAAGGACCUGCAGGCUCAGCUCUCAGACAUCAGUCGAAGCCAUAAAACUGAGUUAAGAGAUAUCGAGGCCAUCUCAAAAACCGUGGAUGACACAAAUCUGCAGGACCAGAAAUACAGGGAGAAGGUCUUCAAUGUCCAGCAGCUUAUUAAGGAGAUAAGGCUUCUACUAGGGGAGGCAACACUCACCAUCAAAAGUGCUGACCUCCCUCAAGCUGAUGCCAUAUCUGGUGUGGACAUCCUCCCCACUUUGGUUCAAAAAGCACACAUUCUUGUUGAUGAUCACCAAAGCAUAGCGGACACAGUAGUGAGGACAGCCAACAGCGCCCUGGCUGAGUCUGAGAGGGGUUUGGCUCUUAUGAGAGCCGCAAUGAAUAAGGAGAACAAGAUUAAUGAACUUAUCAGCGACCUCAAAAGCCAGUAUGAUUUAAACUCAGCCAAAGUGAAGGCUCUGGAGGCUCAGGCCACUCGAACGAGCAGUGCGGCCGGAGAUGAGAGCAAGAUGGCGAUUGACACCCUGAAGCAGAUAGCUUCCCUGGAGCAGAACCUCCCAGAUCCUCUCAAGAAGGACAUUGAUGCAGUGGUUGCCAGGUUGGAUGGCCUGAAAGAUAAGGUGCAGAAGAACCUGACAGAGUAUGAGGUACUCCAAAAUGAAGUCCAGCAGGACCGGGCUGCACUGGAGGACCUCCUAGUCCAGAAGAAAGCAGCUCAGCAGGAUUAUGACAGGCUUCUUGCCAGGGCCAAUGCUGCAAAGGCAGAGACGGUGUUCGCUCUGAAUGGGUUCACUGACAACAUGAAUAAGUUGGAUGAUACUCUCACCAAUCUUAAAGGAUUUGAUGACCAGAUCAGCAAGAACAAGGCUUUAGCUGAUGAGGCCAUAAAAAAGCUACCCAGUAUCAACGCCACCAUUCAGCAAGCUGUUGGCAACAACUCCGAAACCCUAUUCAUCAUUGGGAGCGUAUCUGGCGACUACGAUGACGCACUGGGAACUGUAAACAACUUAGAGGCCGUUGUCUCUCAACUAGAGGAAAUGUCUGGUUCCUUGCCGGGUUAUGCUGAUCUGGUGAAGGACACCACCAAACUGAGGGCAGAACUGCAGGGUCUGCAUAAGCAGGCUGUGGACAUCGAGGGGAAGAUGGUUUCAGAAACGGGAAAUGCCCAACUGCAGAAAGCCAGAGCUGAGGAGGCUGCAAUGAAGGCAACUGGUGCUUAUAACAAUGCCAGACAAACAAAAGAUGCAGUUGAUGAGACUCUUAUAAUCAUCAACAAUCUCCUGGACGUAAUUGGCGAGCCAGGCAGCGUCGAUGAGGAGAGGCUGGCUCAGCUGGAGAACUCCAUUGCUAAUGUUCGUAACCAGGUGAACCAGCAACUCAGGCCACGCCUAAAGGACCUUGAGGAGAAAGAGGCUGCUCAGAGGGCCCGGCUGUCAAGUCUUGACCUUGACAUCGACACUAUCUUGGACAACAUCAGGAACCUGGAAGACAUCCGGAAAACAGUCCCAGAGGGUUGCUACAACCUUUCUCCCAUCGAAGGAGCAUAAGGUGUAAAGGGUGCAAAGUUUGGCAUUUUGAUUGUGUUAGGAAAUGGAACUGGUUUACUUUUGCUGGGAAUGAAGUUCAAUCUAAUCAAAUACAUUUUACAUGCAUUUCUAAGUAUAAUAUCUUUGAGAAAAAAAACCUGGCUUUUUGCAUCUGCCAUUCAAAAUGCUGCCUGUUCAAAAGUAUUUGUAAAUCCCAGUAUGUGAUAAUGGUAUGUAUGUUAUGAAAUAGCAUCUUCGCAGAUCUGCGAAGUUUUCAACUGAUCUCUAGUUUUGGUGAUAACUAAUGUAUUUUCCCUACUGUCCAGAAUAAACCAAAAUAUUU